AUGUUCUUCUCAAAGGCUCUUGUUCUCUUGAUCGCGCCUGUGGCACUCGCCGCCGAGGCUGCCCUCACUACCGUCACAGUGACUCUGGUCCCCUCCGGUUACACAACUGCUCCCAGCUCAACCGUGACUCCCAGCUCAACCGCGACUCCCUCGUCGUCCUGGGUUCCCAUGAGCUCCCCACACGCGAGCUCGUCUGUUUCAAGCUCUUCUGUUUCAAGCUCGUCUGUUUCAAGCUCUUCUUUCGCAAGCUCGUCUGUUCCAAGCUCGUCUUUCCCGAUCUCAUCUCUCCCGAGCUCAUCUUUCGCCGUCGCCCCAAGUGUGACAUCGAAUCCUCUUGACAGCACUACGGCCUCUACCUCGGUCUCAACCAGCCCCGCAGCAGUCUUCACCGGAGCAGGCGCAUCGAACCAGUUCCCAGCCGCAGUCGCAGCAGGUGCAAUGGCAAUUGCCGGCUUCAUACUGAUCUAA